AUUCCAGUGCACAGGCCCUGAUAAGUACUAUUCAAUACUACAAUUUUCUUUUUUGUAAAAAUAUUUUGUGCCAAUUUUAACGUUAUCUGUGUACGAUUGACAGAUGUCAUCAGUAUUUUGAUUUUGUCAAAAAUUCCCUUAACAUUUGUGUAUAUAAUCUUUGACAUUUGUAGGUUGAAGUGGGAAAUGUACGAAGUAUGUUAUUGAGGAGUAGUAAUUGAUUACUUUUACAAAACGUCAGUGUUGUUUUUUGCGUUGUCAUUCAAUAAUUUAUAGAUGAUCAUGUAUUAGUGAUGGCUCCUAAUUAUAGCAAGGUGUUGAAUAAAAAUAAGGCUCUUGCUGGAGCAGGAGCCUUAGGCGCAAUUGUACUCCUAGCCUUAAAAUAUAAAUACAAAAAUGGAAAAUUAAACAGGAAAAAAGUGAAGCAGAUUCCAGAAGAAGAAGUAAAAUAUCUAAUUUCAGAUAAAUUAGAAACAAAAAUAAAAGCACAAAUUGAUAAAAAAUUUUUUGUACAGUUAGGGCAAUUAUUUAAAAUUGCAGUUCCAGGAUGGACGAGUCAUGAAAGUGGACUAUUCUUUUUAAUUGCCGCAAGUUUAAUUUCCAGAUCUAUCUGUGAUUUAUGGUUAAUUAGUCAUGGAACAAAAAUUGAGAGUGCAAUUAUUGCAAUGGAUCCAGAACUGUUCCGAAAGCGUCUUUUGUAUUAUUUUACUGCUAUACCAAUAAUUUCAGUAGUUAACAAUGUAUUGAAGUAUUCCAUAGGAGCACUUAAAAUACAACUCAGAACUAAUAUGACUCGACACUUGUAUGAAGAAUAUUUGAAGAAUUAUACUUAUUAUAGAAUAACGAAUCUCGAUAACAGAAUAUCGAAUGCUGAUCAAUUGUUAACAACUGAUAUCGAUAAAUUUUGCGAAGGAAUUACUGAUUUAUAUUGUAAUACAGCUAAACCUUUGCUGGACAUUGGUAUAUAUGUUUACAAAUUAUCAACAACACUUGGUGGAAGCACUCCUAGUAUCAUGUUAGGAUACUUGUUGGUGUCUGGAGUUCUACUGACGAACUUGAGAAAGCCAACAGCAAGGUUAACUGCAGGUGAACAAAAGUUAGAAGGAGAAUUCAGACAUAUUAAUUCCAGACUGAUAACUCAUUCUGAAGAAGUGGCUUUUUAUAAUGGUAACUCCAGAGAAAAAGCUACCUUAAUGGCUAGUUAUAAUAAGCUAUUGAACCAUUUGAGAAAAUUUUUGAAAUUCAGGGUAUUUAUGGGUAUUAUAGAUAAUAUUGUAGCAAAAUAUUUUGCUGGUGUAAUUGGAUUCUUUGCUGUGUCUUUACCAUUCCUGACUAAAGGGCACGAGUUUACUACAUUUGAUACAAAUGAAAGGUCUAGGGUUUACUACACUUAUGGUAGAAUGUUAGUAAAACUAGCAGAAGCCAUUGGUCGUUUAGUACUUGCAGGAAGAGAUUUAACACGUCUAGCUGGCUUUACUGCACGUGUAACUCAAUUACGAGCAGUACUCCAAGAAUUGAACCAAGGCAAAUAUCAACGAACAAUGGUAGGGGGUGCAGAGAACUUGACACCCAAUGCUGGAAAAUUAAUAUUCCGAAAUAAUAUAAUCAAAUUUCAAAAAGUUCCUUUGGUAACUCCAAACGGAGACGUACUUAUAAAUGAAAUUACAUUUGAAAUAAAUUCUGGCAUGAAUGUUUUAGUGUGUGGCCCCAAUGGUGCCGGUAAGUCAUCCUUGUUUAGAAUCUUAGGAGAAUUAUGGCCGAUUUUUGGUGGUGAACUUACCAAACCGCCUAGAGGAAAAUUAUUCUAUAUCCCCCAAAGGCCUUAUAUGACUUUAGGAUGUCUCAGGGAUCAAUUAACUUAUCCUCAUUCUGGUGCUGAAGCGAAUCGAAGAGGAACAACUGACGCUAAACUUGAAGAAUAUUUGCAACGAGUACAACUAGGUUACAUUUUAGAAAGAGAAGGUGGCUUAGACGCUGUUGCCGAUUGGUUGGAUGUUUUAAGUGGUGGAGAGAAACAAAGGAUAGCUAUGGCUAGAUUAUUCUAUCAUCAACCGCAAUUUGCUAUUUUGGAUGAAUGUACCAGUGCUGUUUCUGUAGAUGUAGAAGGAAGUAUGUACAGAUAUUGUAGAGAAGUGGGUAUCACUCUACUUACGGUAUCUCAUAGGAAAUCACUUUGGCAACAUCAUGAGUAUGUUCUACAUUUAGAUGGCCGUGGAGGUUAUAGUUUUAAACCAAUUGACAAUUGUGAUGAACAAUUUGGAUCAUAAUCUGAAUUAUAUGCUUAUGAAAUCUACAGUGAGAAAUAUAUUGAUUUGAACAAUAUGAAAUCACAAUUACUUGAUAUUGCACAUAUUAGAAAUAUCCUAUUGUCAUUAUUCAAUUUUUUUGUCAAUGCUUCAGAAUCCAUAUUCAAAAAUUUCCUUUUCAAGGUUAAUAGAAGUUAUUAACACUUUUCUGAAAAAGUUGAAGGUCCUUGUUUCUAGAAAACAGAUUCUAAGAUUAUGUUUCAUAUGUUUAACAAUUGUGAUCUAAUAUUGUUCCAAAGAUCUGCAUUGUCAUCAUUUUUGUCGUUUAUCAAUUAAUUUUAUCAUAUUAAAAGCUCCCUAAAUACACACAAUUGUAAUAGGUAUUUGACCAAUAUGUUAUCUAAUAAAUAAGAAGCCACAGGUGUUCCUAGCACCUGCGAUGAAAAUAUUUUAUUCAAGUUCCAAACUUGUUUGUUGCUUAUGAGUAAUGAUUUGGGAUUUCACUUUACACUUUAAGUUAACAUAAUUAUAAUCUUCUAUUUAUUGAAUCUCACCUUACCUUAUUGAUAUUAUAAAAAAAAUAGAGCAGCUUCACUAAAAAAUAAAUAACAAUGUGAGAUUAACACUAGGUAGUAAUACUACCAAACUGUCAAAAUUGGUAACUUCACUUCUAUACGUCGAAUACCAAGGUGUAAAAUCUGUAAAGAAUCGAAUUUUGGACGAUUCAAAUAUAUUCAGAACAUCGGUGACAAACAAGCAAAAUUCCGGUUCUUGUUGGAGUUUCACACAAGUGUUACAUAAAAGUACCUGGGUAGUGUAACUAGGAAGUAUUUAAUCUUUGAUUUUAUGAAAUAACAAAAAAUUAAUUCAGUGAUAGUUAGAAAAUUUAUUUUUAUAAGCAUCACAUUUGCGAAGGUUGCUAGAAUAUAUCCGAAUAUUGCAUUUUUAGUUUACAUUGUAAGUCGUAAAAAAACGUUUAUUCUAAAAACUGUAUGUUUUACUAUACAGAAUUUGAAUAUACAUAUUAGAUUCUCAAGUACACUAUUGGAAUUAUUUAGUGGUCUAGUUAAGGUUGUAAUCUAUGUUCUCCAGGUUAUAUUUUGCAUUCAUUGAUAUAUAUCAGAUUAUCUUUUAUAUUCUUUACGAAUUGUAGCAGUCACGAUAUCUUAUUGUAUGCUUACUGAAGAUUUGGAGCAUAGUUUAGUAUUGACAGAAAACAUUCUUAUAUCACUUAUAUGGCUUUGUGUGUAUUAUCAAAUAUCAUUGUGCACACCAUUGAAUAUUUUCAAGUGACUCUUCUUUAUUUGAAUAAAAACUAAUUGAAUAUUUUACAAUGAUUCCAAAAUAUUCCUUAGCAAUUUGCUAUUGCAAUAGCAAAAGCAUGUCAUAUUCAUGAUUCUAUGCUUACACUACGACUUCUGGAAUGUAAUGUGGUUUUCCUGCAUCUUAAAAUCGUUUUUUAUCAAGUAAAACAAUUCCAUGUACUGCUGAAUAAAAUAGUAUUUAUUUAAAAAUGAUACUUAGAGCUAAAGAAUAUUUGACGUCAACAAAACUAUUUCAUGGCUUACACUAUAUUAAAUUUUUGAAAACUAGCUAAAACUUUUAUAGAUUAUGUUAAGUAUUUUUUUUAUCAUUCAGUGUUUUUUGGAUUAUUUCACAAUUGUUGAAACAGUACAGUAAAUUGAUUUUGUGAAUCUUUCAAUGUUAAAUGUUGAAGGGCAAUUCCAAAAAUAUCAUUUAUCUGUAAUAAAAUAAAGUUUGUCAGGAAUAUAUUGAUAAGAUUUAGAUUUUGUAUCUACCUCUCAAAAUUGUUCUGUAAUGUAAUGUGUAGUUGGACAACGUAGGCUUUUGUUAUUUUGUUUCAAGAAAUUUUUGAGUACUUACACAUAUACUAAAACAGUAACUUAGGACGUUUUGAACUAGCUUCUUCAAUGUCUUCUCUAUAUAAUAAUCAAUACAAAUGAUCUUAAAACCCAUCCAACAUAGUUGAGGAAAUUUAAAAGAAAAUAUUCCUUGUAUUCAAAACAAGAGGUAUUUUACAAAAGAUUGCAUUUAUAUAUUUUUAAGGGAGAAAAGAUAUAAAAUAAUUAUUGUGUUUAAUUGGAAAAAGAACACUUGAGCUUUAUAAAUAUUAGAUUAGUAGAUUUUAAACAACAAAUAAGUGAGCAUAUUCUUUUAUAUGUGAUAAAAUUGAUUUAAAAGCAGCAGGGAUAGGUCUUCCAAGAUUUUGACAUAAAAUUAUCUAUUUAUUUUUUGUUAUUCAAUGAUACAUUAUACAAUAUAACCUCUAUUAUAUUUUUGAUAAAUGUAUAUUGGUUUUUUUAAUCAUAUGAAUAUUUUUAAGUUAUCAUUUGUUUAUGCAAAUGGUUACGGUGUUAGAUUGAUUCUUGCCUAGUGAAAAUUAAAAUAUGUUUUAAA